AUGGAACCCCGGAUUUGGCAGCAGAUCGCUGUUCGGCGUUGUGCCGAGGUCAAGGGUAUGCUCCCCAAGGGCAUGCUGAUGAGCUCCCCACCGCCAUCUAGCAUUUUGGACGUCUCUGACAUUCCCCGCAAAUUCCUGGACAUCUCAGACAUACUGUUGACAGAAAAACUAACGAUAAGCGAGCUUCUCGGAAGGAUCUCCGCUGGAAGUCUUACAGCCACGCAGGUGAUCAACGCAUUCUUCCACCGAGCCUGCAUCGCACACCAACUGACAAACUGUCUGACUGAGGUGUUCUUCGACCGGGCUCUUGAAAGAGCUGCGGAGCUUGACAGACAUCUCAAGGCGACCGGACAGGUUCUUGGUCCGCUGCAUGGCUUACCCAUCAGUCUCAAGGACCAGAUCGAUGUCCAAGGUACCGAGCAGAAUAUGUGUUACGUCGGUCUAGUGGGUACAAAGGCCAGGGACAACGCUGUCAUUGUGGAUAUACUACUCCGCCAAGGGGCUAUCCUAUAUUGCAAGACAAACAUGGCUCAAGGUAUCAUGGGGGCGGAAGGCUACAACAAUGUCUACGGCAGGACUCUUAACCCCUUAAACAGGUCCCUUACCUGUGGAGGGUCCAGCGGCGGCGAGGGAGCCCUGAUUGGCAUGAGAGGUGCGCUCAUGGGCGUUGGUUCAGAUAUCGGCGGGUCUAUACGAUUGCCCGCGGCAUUUCAGGGGCUAUAUGCCCUCAAACCCUCCUAUGGUAGAAUCCCCUAUGCGAAUACUUCCAGCUCAUUUGAAGGCCAAGAAACCAUUCGAUCGGUCCUUGGACCUAUCACGGCGUCCGUUGACGGUCUCAAGGUCUUCACCAAAGCAGUCCUGGAGACUGCUCCGUGGGACUGCGAUCCUUGGACACCUCGUAUGCCAUGGUCAGAAGAGAGGUAUAAUCUCAUCGAUCACGGCGGCCUCAAGGGUCCGCUGUGCUUUGCUAUCCUCUGGGACGACAAGAUUGUGAAGCCUUCUCCACCUUACUGGAGAGCGUUGAAGGAGCUGAAGUCCGCUCUACUUCACGCCGGACAUUUUGUGACUGAUUGGGAGCCCUUUAAGAUGGAAGAAGCCGCCGCCUCAUGGAUGGACAUUCUAAAUGCUGAUGGAGGCAAAGAUCUGAAACAGCAUCUCGCUCUAUCCGGCGAGCCUCGAUUGAAUGACGUACUUGAUCGAAGCGUGACUGAGCGAUCAGUCUCUGAAUACUGGAGGCUGUGCCAUCGCCGCACGACCCUGAUGAAAGAAUCCCUUGACCAUUGGAUGUCUACAGCCACAACCACACCCACGCAACGCCCAGUCGAUGCCAUCGUCGCCCCUGUCGCCGGCUGCGUUCCAAUGCGGCAUGAUGAGCCACUACUCGGCAACUAUACAACUUUCUGCAACCUGAUGGAUUAUACCACAGCUUUGAUGCCAGUGACCAAGGUACUUCCGCAUAUUGAUACUCGCCCACCAUCUCACGAGUUCUAUUCAUCCGCUGACCAGGAUAACUAUACACGGUACGAUCCUGAGCUCUACAGAGACGGUGGUGUCGGUAUCCAGAUCAUCGGCAAAAGAUACGAAGAAGAAGCAGUGAUCAGGAUGACUGAGAUUGCUGACCAGGCUCUGAAGGUGCAUCUGGCCGCGUCAUAAGAUGUACAUACCGUAGCCAUGCUCUGUGCCACACCAGGAGUGCGUGAUGAAAAUCCCUGUUGUUUGAUAUCGAAGCGUAUAUCGAAGCGCUUUCCCUACG